AUGCAGUAUAUGUUGGAGUCAAACGUUACCGUGAGCUUUGUAUCGGAGCCAAUACAUAUUCCGAUUACACCUGCAUGGUUUGGAUGUAAUAACAAGCACGCAGCGAUAUACGUGAAUCCAGAGAGUAUCAAAAACCCCUUUGCAUUGUACAGAGCAGGGAGAAAUAACGUGACCAUCAAAUAUGGCCCAUACUACUUCACAUCGUUCUAUGUGUCACCAAACGUUAAUGAGGAUGAAUACCUAGAAGCACUAGACGAGCUGGAUGACGUGUAUCAACGCAUAGGUAAGCAGAAGUUGCUCCUGUGUGGAGACUUUAAUGCAAGAUCCCCCCAAUGGUCAGCGUCCUCCCCCAAUAGGAAGGGAAAAUACUUAGAAGAGUGGGCGGCACAGAACGACCUCAGAUUGUUAAAUACGGGAAUUAAGCCUACAUGUAUACGCCCACAAGGCUUUUCCACGGUUGACUUAUCGUGA